UUUUGGGUAAUUAUGCUCCAAAAAUAUGUUUGAAAUCUGAUUAUUCCUGUUUUAUUUUAUUUUCCACGUUUUAUUUCACAGAGAUAAAGACUGCCAAAAGAUACAGGAGGCGUUCAUAAAGUCAUUUACUUCUAAGGACCCUUGCAACGUUACAGAACAAGACUAUCAACUGUUCAUAGAGCUGACGAAUCAAAUUGUACCCUGCGACAAGACUGUCUUUUGGAGCAAAACAAAGGAGCUGGCGCAUCAGUACACGGAGAUCCAGCAGGAGAUGUUCACCCUGGAAAACACGCUGCUGGGUUACAUUGUCGACGGUCUCCGGUGGUGUGGAGACGCGGGCUCUUCUGAAAUAAACUAUAAAUCUUGUCCAGACUGGAGGGAAGAAUGCUUCAACAACUCUGUUUCUGUAUUCUGGAACGCGGUUUCCAAAAGGUUUGCAGAAGAUGCCUGUGGUGUGGUCCAUGUGGUGCUCAAUGGGUCCCUCAUUAAAGCCUUUGAUGAAAAAAGCACUUUUGGACGUGUGGAAAUCCGUAAUUUGCAUCCACAGAAGGUUCAUACACUGCAGGCUUGGGUGAUGCAUAGCAUUGGAGGAACUGCCAGCAUCUCAUGUUCGAGUUCCUCCAUAUUUAAUCUGAAAACGAUUAUAAAUGAAAGGAAUAUUACAUUUACCUGCCAGGAUAACUACAGGCCUCUCAAGUUUCUUCAGUGUGUGAAAGAUCCUGAGCAUUCAUCUUGUACAUCCGAGAUAUGAGCCAAUCUCACGGUUGUUUCAGAUCUUUGAGCGCUUGCAGU